GCACACACACACACACACACACACACACGCACACACACACACACACACGCACACACACACACACACACACACAGAGACGCACACACACGCACACGCAGACGCAGACACACGCACAUAGACGCGCUCCUGAUCAGAUCUUCAGACUGGUUUUGUGGUAUAACUGGUAUAAUGGGUUUGUCACUGAGGAGUGUGAGAGCUCUGCUCUCUGUGCGGAUGGCCAUUUGUCAGCAGUGUUCAGUCAAACUGAACACAGGAGUCAAAGUGAUGGACACUAAUAAAGGACUGCUGUUCCGCCAGUUGUUUGAGUCCUCCAGCAGUACCUACACCUACCUGUUGGCAGAUAAGAGCUCUCGGGAGGCUGUGCUGAUCGACCCCGUUCUGGAGACGGUGGAUCGGGACGUGAAGCUGAUCGAGGAGCUCGGACUGAAACUCACCGUUGCAGCAAACACACACUGCCAUGCGGAUCAUGUGACAGGAACUGGGCUGCUGAAGAAGCGAAUAUUCGGGGUGAAGAGCGCGAUAUCUAAACACAGUGGAGCGCGUGCUGACAUCAUGCUGUCAGAAGGGGAUAACAUUACUUUUGGAAAAUAUUGUGUAACAGUGAGAGAGACUCCAGGACACACUGAUGGCUGUGUGACAUUUGUGACAGGAGAUGAAACGAUGGCUUUCACUGGAGAUGCUCUGCUGAUCAGAGGCUGUGGGAGAACCGACUUCCAACAAGGCUGUAGCCAGAAACUCUACCACUCUGUCCACAAGAAGAUCUUUACUUUACCAGGACACUGUCUUAUUUAUCCUGCACAUGACUACAAAGGACAGACUGUGUCCACAGUGGAGGAGGAGAGAAAGUUUAACCCGAGAUUAUCCCGCUCACUGGAGGAGUUUGUGGAAAUCAUGAACAAUCUGAAACUCCCCAAACCGGCCAAGAUCGAUGUGGCUGUUCCUGCUAACCUGCUAUGUGGGCUUCAUGAUGUUUGAAAAGAAAAUUACUUUAAAUCACUUUAACAUUUGGAAAAAAGAUGAGUGUCCUUUUAUUAGUUAAAGCUGAUAGAUAAAUGUCCACUCACACUUUAUUUUUUGCUUAUUAUAUAAAGUGUUUCAUAAUUAUAUAAUAAUGUUAAUGUUUAGUGCUGAGUAAUCCUGAAUAAAGACUUUUUAAAUGUGCAA